ACCACAAAUUCUGACAUGCAUUUCAGAAGAUCAAUGUGUUGAAAUUACGGUCGGAAAGCUAAUUUGAUGACACUCGUGAGUUGAGCAAAAGGAAGGUGCGAGGGAGGGACACCCGGACCCCACCUUUGAAGGCUAUUUGAAAACACAAACAAAGGCGGUAAGCCCCGCUCUUAACCCUAUUUUAAUUAACUGUAAUUUUAGAAGGUCCCUUGCAACGCCUCUGUGGCACUGGCUCAGCCCCCUUGCAGUGCAGGGAGCGGGGCCAGUAUAAAACCCCUUGGGCUCAAUCCAGUGCAGCUUUUAGACCUACAGGAGACGUGAAAGACACCUGUGUGUCCCUCUUCUUCGGUCACCCACAUCUCUCUCGCAAUGCAGUCACGAGUCCUGAUUACUCUCACAGUUUUGGCACUGGUGGGUGCAGUGUUAUCAGCACCAGUAAGUGAUGGAACAGAUCCUGAUGACAGAGCUACAGCCUUGCUAGACUUCUUAAAUGGUGGCACUGACACAGGUUCCUCAACGGGUGGCACCAACUCAGACUCCCCAGGUACCCCAGAUGGAGCGGACUCGUCUGAGCAACCUGGCAAAGGCGCUGGAGAUGGAGACGCAAGCAUGGAUGAAAGCACCAGCGGACCCAGUACCCAAGAUACGGAUGCAGACAGUAAAGAAACUGAUCCUGCCGAUUUGGGUGAUACCUCAAGUGCGACAGAGAGCCCAGACUCCUUGGACCUAACAGACUUCAGAGAGCCUGUGGAAGACACUAAGGACUCUGUGGAUCUCACCGCUGGUAACUUCAGGGAGCCCACAUCAGCAGAGGACAGCAAAGACAAUGAGGAUGACGAGGGGUCAGAGAACAAGAGUCAAUCAGAUGACAGUGACAAUGUGGACAAAGACUCAUCAGAGAAGGAUUCCAAAGAUGAAGAUGCCGAUGCCCCAGACACUGCUUCUGAAGAUGCUGGUGACUCCUCGGAAUCAGAUGAUGAUGGCAAAGAUGGAGUCAUGAAGGCCAUCCAGGCAGACUCUGCUGAUACCAACAGUGCAGAUGAGACUGAUGUGGACUCUACUGCGGAAAAGAGCUCCAGUGAAACAUCAGAUGCAGAUGAUAGCAACACUAAGUCUGAGAGUGAUGAGGAUGCGGCUUCUCAGUCCUCUGAUGCCUCUGACAAGGAUAGUGAGGAGACUGACAGUGACAGCCAAUCAGACACUGACAGCGUCAGUGACAGUAAAGAGUCCAAAUCUGACAGCAAACAAGAUGAGCCUGAAACAGCGGCCCAAGCAGCCGACAGCCAAUCAGAUUCGGACAGUGACAGUGCACAGGAGUCUGACAGUGACAGUGGCAGCCAAUCGGAUUCUGACAGUGACAGCAAAUCGGAGGCUGGCAGCAAAUCGGAUGGUGACAGUGACAGCGAACAGGAAGCAGAUAGCGACAGUGAACAGGAAGCAGACAGUGACAGCGCGCAGGAUUCUGACAGUGACAGCGGCAGCCAAUCGGAUUCUGACAGUGACAGCGGCAGCCAAUCGGAUUCUGACAGUGACAGUCAACCAGAGGCUGACAGCCAAACAGCCAGCGACAGCAACAGCAAACAGGAAGCUGACAGCGACAGUGAUAGCCAAUCAGACGGAGACAGCGACAGCGACAGCGACAGCGAACAGGAAGCUGACAGCGACAGUGAUAGCCAAUCAGAUAGUGACAGUGACAGCAAACAGGAAUCUGACAGCGGCAGCCAAUCAGAUAGUGACAGUGACAGCAAACAGGAGUCUGGCAGUAACAGUGAGCAGACCACAGAGAGUGACAGUGAUGAGGGAGACUCCGCCGGCAGCCAGGACACCUCACCAGCCAGUAUUGAGGAGGGGUCUAUGGUCGGCAGCCAGGAAGUGGGAUCAGCCAAGUUAGAGGAGGGAGGCCCCGUCGGUAGUCAGGAUGUUAGCACUGAGGAAAGUGACAGCACUGACAGUGACAGUCAGGACACAGACAGUGACAGCAAAGAGGACAGUCAGGAUACUGAUAAGAGUGCUGAAACCACCAAGGCCAGUGACCUGGACUCCGAUGCCAGCCAGGAGACUGAGAGCACCAGCAAGGAGGACAGUGACAGCAGCAAGGAGGGCUCUGACUCUGCAGAUACCCCCAGUGACAGUGCCAGCAGUUCUGAAAGCCAGUCCUCUGAUACUGACCAGAAUGAUGAUGCUUCUGAUUCCAUGUCAAAAGAUGAAAGCACAGAGAAGAAGAGUGCUGAGACAGACUCCACCGAUGGAGAUGCUACCAGCGAGGAGGACAGCAAAACAGAUGAAGACACAGAUAAGGACACAGACACAGACACCGAUGAAGAUGAUGACGACGAAGUCUCUGAUUCUGAUUCCAACUCCGAUUCAGACGAAAUGAAGAAAUCCUUUGAGUCUGAUGGGAAUGAUCCAACAUCGCAAGAUAUGACCACAGAUGCCCCAGACCAACCAGAUCAGCCUGACCAGCCCACACAAGGGCUCUUGGAAGCUCUUGAUGCUGACAGCACCAGCCCUGUACAGGAGUCCUAGCACUUCAUGCCACUGCAUGCUGGAGAUCCUUACCGUUCUACAGAAUCAUGCUGAGGCCCAGAGAAAAGACCCAGAUCUUGACCGCCAAGUCUUCGCGAUAUGACGACCGCAAGAGUACAAAUGAAUGCCUACUUUUUGUUCCUUGUCCCUCUCCUCCUGCAACAUGUUGGAUGCAUCUCUCUUGGGUUAUGGGGAAGUUUUAAAUUAUUCUUCUGUUAAUGUACAUGACAUUUUCCCGCUCAGAGUCUUCUAUCAGCUUGCUUAUUACUGCUAGACAACUAAUGUGUUAUUGGAGAAGGUUCUUCUGUCUUUACCCAGACCUGCAUUACUGUAGGAGCUUUACUGAUCGAUGACGUCAUUUUAUUGUGGAAGAAAAUAAUAAAGUGCUUAGGAUGCUGGUGUCCACAUUGCCAAUGUAUAAAUAUUUAAGUGAUUUAUUUAAUUCCAAGCAGCCAAAAUUGGAAGUCACUAUCAAAAUAACCAGUAACACAGCAUACCAAAAUAUAAUAAAAAAAAUAAUAAUAAAGCAAAAAACCAAACUGGAAAUUCAAAAUAUUGUAAACAAAAUGAUUCCAAGUUGAUAAUAUAUCUAUCUUUUAAACAAAAUUCAAAACAUAUUGACUGGUUGCCAUUUCAAAACCAUCUGACUAAGGGCCAAAUUCAAGGCAUACUUGAAUUAAAAUUAUGAUUUAUCAGUAGUCUGGACAAUGCAAAUUGGAUUUGAGGAAAUAUAGUAAGUUGCAAUAAGGAUUCUGCAAAAUCACUAGUGCAAGCAAACUGGUUAUUUGUAAGUGCUUACUAAGUUCCUUCAAAUCUGACAAUGAUUUCUCUUUAAAGAUAUUGCAUUUGUAUAAUGGGCAUUGUUUGCAGGUCUUGGGUAUCUGUUGUCCUUCUAUAGAUUGUAUGUUUCGUGUCCUUUGCAGUUGGGGCUUGGUCCUUCAAACACGUAACACACUGCUAGAAUAAAAAAAAAUAUCCCACUGACUCUCAGCUACACAUUUUGCAUUGCAACAUCUGAAUUGUGACUUACAGGGUCACAUAAACACAGAUGCCAUGUACAUACAUUUUAUGUGACAAUUCUUUUUGUCCAUGUCUCUGAAGAAGUAUAUUUGAUAAAUAUCUAAAAUUUGAAUUCAGUGUCAACUGAACUGCAUUAAGUGAGUAAUAUUUAAAUGAAAUUCAAAUAACAGAGGCUGUGAAAUAGACCGUGGUAAAGUAAUUUUUAAAGUGUACAUGGGAGAACAAAUUUAAUAAA